AAGAGAAGGCUAAGGGCAGCCCCACACUGCAAUGGGAUACACAUGAAGUGCUGCCCCGUGUCGAGCUAUAAAAUGGCACAGCAGCAGCGCAGCUGGGACGAGGGUGCCAGCGGAAGUGGAGGCUACAGGCAGCAGGCGGCUGCCGGCGGCCAGCACAAAUCAACGGCAAGAACGGCCAGCAAUCCAUUGCCGGGCAGAGGAGCAACUCCCAAGGCAGCCAGGCCCUACCAUGCCGCACCGCCCUCGGUGUAUGCAACGCCCUCGAUGACGGGUCCGAGGAGUCCGAGUUAUGGCUACGGCGGUGGCUACGAGGCGCCCCGGAGUCCCAAGAUCACGACAUCCUUUGCCGGCGAUAGCUGCGACGAUGGUAGCAGCUCCACGCCCAGCUCCUACUACCAGACUCCGCCCUCGGGCUCCAUAGACGACUCCUACUCGCUGCUCAGCGGCAGGACGACAGCCCCAGCCCGCAGUCCCAAUUCCCCGUGCAAGUUCGUCUUCGAUGCCGUGAGUCCCAAUGCCGGUGCGGAGCACUCGGCGUUCUCCAAGAAGUUUGAGUACUACGAACCCUUCUCGCCGGACGGCGGGCCCGAGUACUAUGAGCCGCCCAGCUCGCCGCGUCGCCAGGGCUCCAAGAAGCUGCCGAGGAGCAAGCUGCCGCUCGAGCCGCUGCCUCUGGUGACCACAAUGGGCGUGUACGAUGGCAGCAAGCGACGGCACGACGAGUGGGAGCUGCCGAUGAUCAGCAAGCUGGAUGUGGGCUCUCGCUCCGGCUCGGGAGCAGCAGCAGCAGGCGGCAGAAGAGGCGGCUACUACGGACUGAAGCGCGACUCCUGCGUGACAGACUGCACCCAGCUGUCCAUGGAGUCGGGCGAGACGUGCACACAGCACACGAACAGCACCCUGGUGACCCACACCACGACUAGCUUCAGCUUUACGGAUCCAGACUCCACUCAGCAGCAGCAGCAGCAGCAGCAGCAGCAACAACAGCAGCAGCAGAAUCUACACAGGCAGCGGCGUCACGCCAUCAACAUCACCUCGAAUCCCGGCUACCAGGUGCUCCACAGCUCACACUCCACGCUGGAUCGCACGUGCUCCGACAGCGUCGUCUCCCUCCGCUAUCGCAAGUCCACCAGCGACCUGACCCAGGAUCCGGAUCUCGAGAUGAGCGGCUGCAAGCCCACCAAGCCGGCCAAGGCCAAGGCGAAGCGCGAGAUGGCCGAGCACAAGCCCCGCCGCAGGGGCAGCUCCAAGGGGGGACUGGCGCUGCUGGCCAGUCGCCGCAACUCGCGGGAGUCGAUGAAGAGCGCCUGCUCCAAUGCCUCCAUAGUGUCCAACGAUGACGUUGGCCCACUGGCCUUCCAAAGCUCCAAUCGCGGACGUCAGCGGAGAACGUCGAACUUUCUCGAGCUGCCAGUUCCCGACCACAUUCGGCCGCGAGUCUGUUCUCUGCCGGAGCGACCGUACAAUCCGAGGGCCAGCGAUGAUCUCUACCGGCUGCGACACUUCUCCAUCAGCAAGGGCAACGUUGUGAACUGCGGCGACUCCAUAAUCUCGAGGCGCUCCCGCAGCAACACGAGCGUCAACUCGACCAACAGCAGGGCCAGCGAGCGGUCACCGUUCGAGGGCAGCUGCUGUGGUGGCGGCUAUGCCAACGUGGACUCUCUGCCGGUGUCCUCGGACGAGUCGGACAACAUGGAGCCACCGCCUGCGGCCCGCUACCGCGUCGUGAUGCUGGGCGAUGCGGGAGUGGGCAAGACGGCGCUGGUCAAUCAGUUCAUGACCUCGGAGUACAUGCACACCUACGAUGCGAGUCUAGACGAUGAGUUCGGCGAGAAGACGGUCAGUGUGCUGCUGGACGACGAGGAGUCGGACAUGGUCUUCAUCGACCAUCCCAGCGUUGAGAUGAGCGUGGAGAACUCCCUGUCCACGUACGAGCCGCACGGCUGUGUCAUCGUGUUCUCCGUGGUCGACCGGGGCACGUUCCGUGUGGCCGAGGAAAUCAUCAAUUAUCUGUGGCAGGAGAAGUACACCAAGGACAAGGCCGUCAUUCUGGUGGGCAACAAGGCGGAUCUCGCCCGUGCCCGGCUUAUCACAUCACAAGAGGGCAAAGCCCUGGCCGCCUCACGCGAUGCCAAAUUUAUCGAAACGUCAAGCGGCAUACAGCACAAUGUCGAUGAGCUGCUCGUCGGCAUAUUGAAGCAGAUGCGCCUGAAGGAGGUGCGCGAGAAGAAGGCCACCCAGACAAAGAUGAAGCACUCUCGCACUCACAUAUCACUGCAUCUGGCCAAGGAGAUACUACAGAAGAUCUGCCUCAGCGACAUCUCCAAGUCGAAGAGCUGCGAGAACCUGCAUGUGCUCUAGGCAGAAAGACGAAUGCCAAACACGGAGUCCAUUUUCGAUGUCUUCUUUUUCGGGGAAUUCCCGUGAAUAAUCCCACUGUGCAGUGGAGAAUUUUAUCAAAAGCAGCAGGCGGAAUAUUUUGAGUGCCAUUCAGAUUAGCCGUAGGGAGCCGAGGCACACGCUUUUGUUAUGUUUUUUUUUUGUUAUUGUUGUCUUUUUCUACGUCGCAGCCCCGAAGAAAAUUGAAAGUUCAAUGUUAGGUCGCCGCUCCUCAGACUCCCCAUAGCCUCUCCAGUGGCCAUUUAGGCAAGUCAUUGGCCGUGGUCAGGCCUCCGCGGGCAGCGAUAAUUCGUUUGUUUAUAGCGGAUGCUUCGAUUGGCUUAUCGGGCCCAGACGCACCUACUUUCGGGUGCUGUGGGCCUCGCUGAUAAGCGGCGACCCAGCGACGCGUGUGCAGGCAUCACCCUAUACAGACAGAGCUAAGUUGGAGUAGUCCCUAAGAAUAUGUGUAAAUUAUAUGUGUACUUGUAUGUGUUCCACUGGAGAAUAAUUUCAAGUCCAAUAAUGUGCUGUCAAUUGAAACUAGGGGCAAGGCUGAAGCAAGGAGAAGGUGCAGCCGCCCCAUGCAUAAGCGCGAACUUUAUAGACGUUGAUCAACUUACACGGAUGCUGAUGCAGAGAUAUAUGCAUAUGAGUAUCCAUAGUUUGUGAGCUAUAUUUAUUGUCUAGACUAAGGGAUGUUUACUCCUCGAUCUGCGCUGCAAGAACUCUUCCAAUUGACGAAUAUCUCAUAUCGGAUUGACUGUUAAAUGUUGACUGUUGUUACUAAUAUUAAAUAGGCAAAACAUACAAUUUAAUCAAAGCAUCUGGCAUAUAUUUAUGUGAAUGUAAUUGGUAAUUGGAGUACACUUCUAACUCUUCUGAACUCAUACGCUUAUAUUUGAAAAAUACCUUUACAAAACGCGAGCAAGGACAAGCAAAGCAAAUCAAACUAAAUACCCUAACUAAACUCUAAACUAUAAACUAUUUUCAUAUGCAAACUUACACAUUAGGGGAAAGGCAGAAGUUGCACAAAUUGCGUCGGAGUCGGAGUCGGAGCACAAGAGCACUCGACAAACCCAAAUACCACUCAUAUUUGUGUUCAGCCCCGCUUUUCCAUUUUCCAUAUUCCAUUUUCCCCACUCCUUCGACCAUCUCUGUCGAGUGCACUUUAUCAUUUUUAACAUUUACGCAAACCAAAAUAUCUGCAAAAUAUAGCAAAAAAAAAAAAAAAGGAACGGCAACAAACUUGUCUCGUAAAAGUUGGAAUUUGCACAGAGAAUUUUCCUGAUUCCAACCCCGCACCCGCACCCGCCCAGCCACAACAUCAAGGGGCAAUCUGUAUCGCGCAUACGCCGCGAGUGCCAAGGUCGAGGCUUUAAUUUGAUUUGUUAAUCCAAUGUGGGAGGAAAGUAUUCGAAUCAAAGCUAGCUAAAUGCCCACCGAAUUUAUUGUGUACAACUAAUUGAAACAAAACCAAAAGCAAAUAAGAAAA